UAGCAUUCAACACAUCUCACUCAGUUAACAGCUGUUUGCGCUGAUAAAAAAUAUUUUGCAAAUAGAAAAAAAUUACAAUUAAAAUCUAGCUAUAAUUAUGAAUCUAAUAAGUGGUAUUAAAUUGUACAUUGAAAAGAUGUGCACUGAAUCUGGACCAGGCAUGAAAAUCAUAUUGCUAGACAAGGAAACGACUAGUAUAAUAUCUAUGGCAUUUAGUCAGUCGGAUAUGUUGCAACGGGAAGUCUACCUAUUCGAACGCAUCGAUUCUGGACGUUCCAACGAGCGUCUAAAGUACCUUAAGUGCAUUGUUUUUAUACGCCCCACAAAGCAAAACAUUCAACUGCUAGCCAAUGAGCUUCGCAAUCCCAAAUAUAGCGCCUAUUUUAUAUAUUUUAGUAAUAUUAUACCACGUACGGACAUUAAAUACUUGGCGGAGUGCGAUGAAUCAGAGUCGGUGCGUGAGGUGAAGGAAUUGUAUGCAGACUAUUUAUGUGUCAAUCCCAAUCUAUUUUCACUGAACAUACCCAACUGCAUGACGAAUCUUAAUUGGCUGCCGGAUGCAUUGACACACAGCAUGCAGGGUAUUACGGCCGUGCUAUUAUCACUAAAAAUCAAUCCAGUUAUACGCUAUCGGGCUGGCUCUCAGGUUGCUCAGCUCCUGGCCAAGUUAAUCCAUGAUCAGACUACAAAGGAAUCGACUCUGUUUGACUUUCGUGGGAAUAUUGAUGGCGCUGCGCCGCCUUUACUGCUAAUCCUGGACCGCAGAGAUGACCCAGUGACCCCAUUGCUGCAUCAAUGGUCGUAUCAGGCCAUGGUACAUGAAUUGCUGCAAAUACGCAACAAUCGCGUCGACUUGUCAGAGCGACCCAAUGUGCCCAAGGAGUUCAAGGAGUUAGUUCUGUCUGGCGACCAGGACGAGUUCUAUGGCAGCAACAUGUAUGCCAAUUAUGGUGAAAUUGGUUCAACCAUUAAACAACUGAUGGAGGAGUUUCAACGAAAGGCCAACGAUCAUAAAAAGGUCGAGAGCAUUGCUGACAUGAAGAACUUUAUUGAAUCAUAUCCGCAGUUCAAGAAAAUGUCUGGCACCGUACAGAAGCAUUUAUGCGUCAUGGGUGAAUUGUCCACCAUUACGAAUAAGCGUAAUCUGUUCGAGGUAUCCGAGUUGGAGCAGGAAAUGGCCUGCAAGGCGGAUCACACAACUCAGCUGCAACGCAUUAAAAAACUAAUUGCCGACGAGCGUGUUAGCAUUGAUGAUGCCAUCAAAUUGGUGGCCUUGUAUGCUCUACGGUAUGAACGUCAUGCCAACUGUGAGACUUCAGGUCUGCUGCAGGUGAUCAAAUCCCGGGGCGGAAAUACACAGAUUGUGCCCGCUUUAAUCGAGUACGCUGGCAUGCAUAUACGCCAAGGCGAUCUAUUUAACAUGGUACGCAUCACGGAUGCCGUCAAAUUGACACGUAUUCUGAUCAAAGGCCUCAAGGGCGUUGAGAACGUAUUUACACAGCACACGCCUCUGCUAAAGGAAACACUCGAAGAUGUGUUUAAAGGUCGCGAUUUAGAUCCACUAUAUCCGGCCAUCAAUUCGGAACUUGUGCCAUUCCGACGACCACCUCAGGAAGUGGUUGUCUUCAUCAUUGGUGGCACCACCUACGAGGAAGCCUUGACUGUUCAUCAGCUAAAUAAUGCUGGCUACAAAGUGAUUUUGGGCGGCACAACCAUACAUAAUUCCCAGAGCUUUAUCAGCGAAGUGCUCUCGGCCACAAGCGGCACACAGUUUAAGCAUACCAAAUCCAUGCUUAAGUAUUGCUCCCCAGACAACCUCUAAGAGUCAGACACAUUCCUAAUAAUCUGCUAUUAUUGCUAUUGUUAACUAUUUAUGUACGUACAUUUAUGUGUAGUCUAAUCCAAGUAAUGUAUUUAUCUCUUCGCUUACCAUUGUUAUAUCUAAUAUGUGUAUCAUCAUUUACAAAUACAUGCAUCAACUACUAAAUAAAACAUUUUGACAGAGAAGAAG